GGCGACUGGGUUGUUUUGAUUGUUGAUCAUCUGCGUGAUGUUUUCGUGUUUGACUGAUUUAUUUGCUCAUCACUGAAAAUGGUGGUUUAGUUUGAAAGUAGACACAUUCACUGUACUGGUAUCUGCUUUCACUAAGAAUACUUACCUGAUAACAGUGUUCUACAUCUACAUAUUGAUGUCGUAAAACUAUACCUGCUACUGGCUACUUACCCAGUGAAGUAACUCAUUUUCCAACUAUGGAUGAUGCUCAUGGUCACAGUCACGAUGAGAAUGGGGCCUGCUGCAGCAGUGAGGGUCAGGCGGCCUAUUCUUCAGUCACUCAAACCCUGGAGGAGAUGGAGUUUGAAAGAGGCAUUUGGACUGCAGCUAUGAGUGGGGACGUGGAGGAAGUUAGGAAGUAUUUAGACAAAGAUGGUGACCCAAAUGUACAAGACUCCUCAGGAUAUACAGCAUUGCAUUAUGCUAGCCGGAAUGGUCACGAAGAAAUCUGUAGACUCCUCCUGGAUAAAGGUGCCGAUCCCAAUCUGCAGACCAAGUCAGGAGUUACACCGCUGCAUAGAGCAGUAUACUGUUGCCAUGUUACUAUAGUCAAAUUAUUGCUGAACAACAGAGCUGAUCCAACUAUAACAGAUGACGAUGGAAAAAGUCCAUUGCACAAGGCAGCUGAGAAAGGAGACUAUGUAAUAAGUCAGAUGUUGGUUUCUGUCAAUACAGCGGUUGGAGAGGCCAUCAAAGACAUCAUAGAUUAUAAAGACAACAUGGCAAGUGGAUUACGUACCAGAUGAAAACCAGCAGCUUAAGGAAUUUCUCAGACCCAGCUCUAGAUAGGUUAAUUCAAUGGCAUUGUUCGUAUCAAGUUGUGCGUUCUUUUUUCUC